AUGUUCUCUCUCUCUCUCUCUCUCUCUCUCUCUCUCCAGGAGAAAGAUGACCUGCGUAGGGCAGAGAGUAUGCUGGUUCAGGCUGACAGGUUGGGCUGUAGACAGUUUGUGACCCCCACUGAUGUGGUCUGUGGGAACCCCAAACUCAACCUGGCCUUCGUUGCCAACCUGUUUAAUAAAUACCCAUCACUCACCAAGCCUGAGGGGCAGGACCUGGACUGGGCCAAACUGGAGGGUGAGUCGAGAGAGGAGAGAACCUUCAGGAACUGGAUGAAUUCUCUGGGAGUCAACCCUCAUGUUAACCAUAUAUACGGUGAUCUGUUAGAUGCGCUGGUCAUCCUCCAGCUGUAUGAGAGGAUUAAGGUUGCAGUAGACUGGGACCACAAAGUCAACCGCCCUCCCUACCCCAAGCUAGGGGCCAACAUGAAGAAGCUGGAGAACUGUAACUACGCAGUGGACCUCGGGAAGGCCAAGGCAGGGUUCUCUCUGGUCGGCAUCGGAGGACAGGACCUUAACGACGGAAACCCCACCCUCACCCUGGCUCUGGUCUGGCAACUGAUGAGGAGAUACACUCUGAAUGUUCUGGAGGACCUUGGACAUGGAGAGGCUGCUAACGAUGACCUCAUCAUCAACUGGGUCAACAGAACCCUGACUGGAGCCGGGAAGAACUCUAAGAUCUCCAGCUUCAAGGAUCGUGGUAUCAGCAGUAGUCUUCCUGUCCUGGACCUGAUUGACUCCAUCCAGCCACGCAGCGUGAACUAUGACCUUGUCAAGACUGGAACGCUCUCCGACGUCGACAGAUUGGACAAUGCCAAGUACGCUGUGUCCAUGGCAAGGAAGAUCGGAGCCCGUGUGUACGCCCUACCAGAGGACCUGGUGGAGGUGAAACCUAAGAUGGUGAUGACUGUGUUCGCCUGCCUCAUGGGACGGGGUAUGAAGAGGGAAUAGCACUUCAGCCACACCAUCAGCCUGUGCCUCAGCCUCUAGCCUGUUUGCUAAAAGGCUUCUGGUUUAAACAAUGAAAACAGCCAUAUUAUAUUAGAUACAUAUUGAUUGAAUGACAGUGAUUGCUCCACAGCUGAUUUGAUGACUCUGUAUAUCUGCCUUUAACUUCAGACACUGUGUCACACUGUAUGUGAUGCUGUAGCUUUUCGUUGACCUCUGUGGUGAACAUUAGACUGGACUAUGGCUGUUAAAGGACAUGUCAUGUGGGGGAUGACUGGAAUCGCUCUCACAACAGUUCUUAGUUGAGAGAUUGGACUCGAAGGUUCUGUAGGAUUAGAGAGAGAGAGAGAGAGACAGAGAGAGAUAGAGAUUGAGAGAGAGAGAGAUAUAUAUAGAUAGAGAGAGAUAGAGAUUGAGAGAGAGAGAGAGAAAGACAGAGAGAGAGAGAAAGACAGAGAGAUAGUGUGUUGCUUUGAUUCAAAGAUUUUUCAUCGAAUGGCCUUAAGGUUCAAUCGUAAACGGGUCCCUAUGUCCCUAGUUUAGAUUAUUGACCAAAUUACACAAAACAUACCUACACAAUGGUAUAUAGUAUUCCAUGUUAUUAGUAUGUUUGACUGGUAUAUAUGGCAUCCCAUGUUAUUAGUAUGUUUGACUGGUAUAUAUGGCAUCCCAUGUUAUUAGUAUGUUUGACUGGUAUAUAUGGCAUCCCAUGUUAUUAGUAUGUUUGACUGGUAUAUAUGGCAUCCCAUGUUAUUAGUAUGUUUGACUGGUAUAUAUGGCAUCCCAUGUUAUUAGUAUGUUUGACUGGUAUAUAUGGCAUUCCAUGUUAUUAGUAUGUUUUACUGGUAUAUAUGGCAUCCCAUGUUAUUAGUAUGUUUUACUGGUAUAUAUGGCAUCCCAUGUUAUUAGUAUGUUUGACUGGUAUAUAUGGCAUUCCAUGUUAUUAGUAUGUUUGACUGGUAUAUAUGGCAUUCCAUGUUAUUAGUAUGUUUUACUGGUAUAUAUGGCAUUCCAUGUUAUUAGUAUGUUUGACAUCCCAUGUUAUUAGUAUGUUUGACUGGUAUAUAUGGCAUCCCAUGUUAUUAGUAUGUUUGACUGGUAUAUAUGGCAUCCCAUGUUAUUAGUAUGUUAUUAGUAUGUUUUACUGGUAUAUAUGGCAUUCCAUGUUAUUAGUAUGUUUGACAUCCCAUGUUAUUAGUAUGUUUGACUGGUAUAUAUGGCAUCCCAUGUUAUUAGUAUGUUUGACUGGUAUAUAUGGCAUUCCAUGUUAUUAGUAUGUUAUUAGUAUGUUUUACUGGUAUAUAUGGCAUUCCAUGUUAUUAGUAUGUUUGACUGGUAUAUAUGGCAUUCCAUGUUAUUAGUAUGUUUGACUGGUAUAUAUGGCCAUGCCUUUAACAGAAAGGUAGCCAAUCAACUAUGCAUAAACAAUCUUUUUGUUGUUGAAAUAAUGUAGUUGUUGAAAAGCAAAGCUUUAAAUGUCCCUGACCAGUUAGUGUUGUGUAAUGGAACCUGUUAAAACACUACUAUCGUUGGUGAGGAAGGAUUUGGGGAGAGAAACUGGAAGCCUGUCUGAGUUACAGAGUCCUGUCUAUACAGAUGCCAUGAUCCUGAACUGAUUAAAUACAACUCUUCAUGAUA